UACAGGCUAUAGAAAUGUUCAUGAUGAUGCUGAAGUUUAUAGUAGGUCUAAUAAAUAAUAAUUUUGUGGACAUGAAAAGCCAAUAUAAUAUAUAAGCCUACAACAAUAAAAACUAAUGUUUGUAUUUCAGUUUUUAACAUUUUAGGUAACUUAUUUAGAUUUAGACAAACUUUUGAUUCACAAGGGAAAUUAUGUGGACACAGCAGCUCACAUAUCACAAUAUAAUAUAAUAACAAAGAGAAAAAAAUAUAAAUGUUAAAAAUAAAUUCUAAAUAAGUAGCAAAAAAGAGCAAGAGAGAGUUGUCAAAAAAGACGUAGUUAUAUAAAUUAUAUAAAAUCACAGCUUCAUACAAGAGGACAUUAUCUAUUACAUAAGGGUGAGUUGUUGUACAGUUGUAGGGAGUAUUAUAGUAUGAAUGUUGUCCUGUACCUCUCACGCCUUUCUGUGUGGAGUAUAUGGUGUGUAUUAUCUGUCCUAUAUACUUUUCAUUGUGUUCAUACAAUACACUGUACAAAACAAAUUGAGAUAAGGAAAUAGGCUAAAUAAAUUGCAUUGUUUCCUACGCUGUAACGCUAUGUGGACUUACUUCAGCUUUGUGCCAAGAGCUCGUGUUAUGUAGCAUUUUAUUAUAGACUGUAAACCUAACACACACCUUCAUAAACUUUCCUUUGUUAUAAAUGUUUUGUGGGCGUGCCUUCUCUUCCGGGACGAUCCACCUGACGCGCACGGGACAGGUGCAGGAGCAGAGUCCGACCUGCGCUCGUUUUGGGACCCGGUCACUGCAAACCCACGGAUUUAUGUGCACACAGCGGGGGACUGGACACACGCGAAGAAGAGGUCCACGCGGGUUAUGUCGUGAUAUGAACUUAAGAGACGAUUCGGGCGAUAAUUUAACUUGACAACAAAACGAAAGCGGCGGAUUCACCAGUUCACCAAACGUUCUGCAGCCGGAUUAAUGCUGAUUUCCGAACAAGUCUUCCUCUAAUAUUUCCUCGUGCAGAUCAUAGAGUUUGUGCAGAUGGAGUCAACAGGAGCCACGGGUGAGUGAGUGACGCUUUUUACACUUAAACGCACUGUCAGCCUUUAACUCGGUCUUUAACCUUUUGUUUUUUGUUGUUUUUUUUUUCUCUAAAACGAGCAGAGAAAUUUUAAGUUUUGCUUUUCUUGUUUUGUCACUUCAGACUGACAGACCGUGCGUAAUUGUAGACGUAAAAUGACGUGCGUGGCCGGUUAGCUCAGUUGGUUAGAGCGUGGUGCUAAUAACGCCAAGGUCGCGGGUUCGAUCCCCGUACGGGCCAACGCUGUUUUGAGUCGAGCCAACAGACAAUGUCUUGUACCUGUUUUAUAUACUAAACUGUAAUGCAUUUGAAGUUAAAUCCAGUUGCAUCAAGACAAAAAAAUGAGUCAAUAAGAGUCAACUGGUAACAGGAGUCAUGAUGCCAGGAGGGUUUGAGGGGGCACUGGACUCCACGAACAUCCAAUGCACUCCUGUUACUCCCUAUUUUCUUAGGACAUUCAAUCUUGACUAAAAAUCAAAUGGCAACUACAGAGUGUUCAAAAUGUGACGGCAAUAAAACAAUAAUUCCAGGUUUCAUAAAUCACUGCAGGGUGUUAACUGCAUUUAAACUUGUUUAAAACAGCAAAGCAAACAUGGUAGGGUGUCGGUGGGGGUGCACGUACAUUAAAAGCUCUAAAUUUACAUGUUAAGUGUGCACUCCCAUAGUUUCUCCAAACAAAUAUGUCUGGCAUCGCCCCUGACUGGUAACAACACUAUUAUAUGACCCUCACAUUGCUUUUAAUAGUCUACCGGAACCUUGUGUUGUCAUUUUGCCAGUGUUCAGAUUAAGGUGCUUAAAAUGUUAAAUCAGCGUCCUUUUCGUGUCCAUUGCGGUGUGUUUUUGGGGACAGGGGGCAGUGUGAGGCGCUCUCCUCUGGACCUCAUCAUGAACCAGAUCCGGAGGAAGCGCUCAGACCGCAGGCCCCUGGGGAGGCUCCUGUCCUGGGCCUCAGAGCGGACCGUGAUCCGAGAGGACGAGCCCGACGCGAAGGUCCAGAGUCCAGCUGUUCCAGAGUCUGACGAGGAGCAGGGCAUGGGGUGGGGGCGAGUUCGUGCUUUUCUUCACCGAUUCGGCUCAGAGACAGAGAAAGGGAGAAUCAACCUGUCCCACUGCGACCUGACCGCCACAGACCUCCUCGAACUCGGCACCCUGCUGCCCUACGUGCCGCUGUUGGAGGACUUGGACUUGUCCUGGAACGAUCUGAUUGGUGGAAGUCUCCGCGCUCUCUCCUCCCACUUAAACCACAUGAACUGUCUGUCCGCUCUGAGGCUCAGCGGCUGCAGACUCAACCACCAAGACCUCAGCGCUCUAGGAGAUGCUUUGAGCUGCCUACCUUCAGUUGAGGUCCUGGAUUUGUCCUGGAACGGAGCGCUCGGCGGUGGUGGGUUGCAAGGUCUUGUGGGUAAACUGCAGCCCACUCUGACAGAGCUCCACCUGGUGGCCUGUGAGCUCACUGCGGCGGAUGGCACUUCACUGGGAGAGAUACUGUCCUCCAUGUCGUGUCUGUCUGUACUGGACCUCUCCUGUAACCCAAACUUCACUGAUGGAGUCAAAGACGUGUGCUCCGCUCUGUCCAAAAACACUUCCCUCAAAACACUCAGACUUCAGGCAGUGGGACUGGCCCCUCUCAGCCUACAAGCUCUGGGUGAAUCUCUCCAGUUCGUGCCCUCGCUGCGUCUCUUGGACCUGUCCUGUAACAAAGGCCUGUCUGGACACCUGUCGCUCCUCUCCCCUCACCUGUCGCACCUGUCUCUGCUCGAAACACUCGACCUCCAUCUGAGCGGACUGACGCGCUCCGACAUACAAGCUCUGGUCCAGGUGCUGCCCUCUCUGAUUUCUUUAACAGACCUGAAUGUUUCGUCCAAUCAGGAGACAGGAGACACGGUGCAUACGCUGAUCCCUGCUCUCCCGCUCACCCACAUGAAGAGACUCCCCCUGAACAACUGUGAUCUAACCCACAAAUCCUACACCGCUCUGGUUGUGGCUGUGCCGUACCUUCGCUGUGUGGACGUGUCUUGGUGUAAAGUGGUCGGGGGCAGACUGUUGUUGCUUCUUGAAGCUCUUCAGCCGUCGGUGCUCCAGGAGCUGAGACUGAGCAGCUGUGAACUCAACACACAGGACAUUCAACAUCUGGCCUCAGUGUGCCAUGGCGGCUUUCUCUCCUCUCUCCGAGUUCUGGAUCUCUCCUACAAUGGUUCCGUUGGGUCAAAUGGCUGGUCCAGUCUGUUCACCUCUGGAGGACUGGGUUCACUGGAAGAACUUGACCUGAGCCUGCGACCUAUCACCUCUGCCCCCUGCUCGGACUGGCUGCCCGCUCUGCUCCGCGCUCUCCCUCGCCUGACGGCUCUGAAAAGACUGGGACUACAAAGAUGGACGAUCGGAGGCCAAGAAAAACUACAACUGGAUCAUAGUCUGAGGAAAAGAAAUGUCCUGUUAGAGAUGGACACGGAGGAAACCAGUCAGGACAAAGAGAUUCAGCCUGAGGAGUAAAAACCUAACACAGAAUCAAGUAUUAAACAAGACUAUUACGAAUUAAAGCACCACUGGGUAACUUUUUACCCAAAUGAUAGACUAUAAAAGUAUUUCAUUUUGGAUGUUUUCAUUGUCUCGUGACUCUUAUUUUGGCUAUAAUGUUCUAUAGUACGGCAUUACUAUUAUCUAUCUCCUUGAAAAAUGUUCCUAUGUACGAUUUUAACUUUCCGUUUCCAUGGUUACCUCCAGAAAGUUGCACAGUGUUGCUUUAAACUAAACCAUGUCUCAAUCAGAUACUGUGAUGUUGUUGUACUUGCACUUACAAAUUAGGCUAUUGAACUGUUUGAAUGUUGUUUUCUAAGCACUAUGUUGAAAAAAAAAACAAGCAAACAUUUAACUGCACAUUGAUGUUAAGAAAAUAUACGAUUUA